AUGCCACAAAAUGCUCGACACCAAAACGCCCUCCCUGCAGCGCCAAGCGGACAACGACCGGUAGAUUGCGGAUCGGCCCAUAGCACAAAAAUGCCGCGGAGGCGGGUUGAAGAUCUACCAGGCGUAGCGAAGCUAACAAUCGUGAGCGAUGCGAACACGGAAUCAGAUCGACACUGCAGGUCCAGCGUUUGUCCCGCCGUCUAUCGGAGUUUCCAGCACCCCAGAGUAUAGAUAAGGGAGAGCAGUCCCUGCAUACGCGUAACAUCAAGCAAACAUGACCGACGCUCUGAAUGACAGAGAGUGGCGGCGUUCCACGUCCACGGCGGGACAGACGUACGUCGUCUCCACAUCCCGCAAUCUCCCUCACGACUUCGUGCAGAAGGCGUUCGACAACCCGGCCAUGUACUGGGCCAGACCGAUCGCUCCGGACCAGAUGAAGACGAUGCUCGACCAUUCUUGCACGCUGGGCAUGUACGAGGCGAGUGGUUCAGAGAGAAGACCCAUCGGCAUGGCGCGCAUGAUAACAGACUACGUCACGUUUGCUUAUCUAACCGACGUCUACCUGCUGGAGGAGUUUCGCGGGCAUGGGCUCGGACAGUGGCUGGUCGAGUGCUGCCGCGAGGUGGUCCUGGCCAUCCCAGCCUUACGGCGUGUUGUGUUGCUCACGGACUCGGAGCAAGCAAAGCAGCUGUACAGACGCGAGCUCGGCAUGAGCGUGGCAGGCAUCGAAGAAACAACGGUCGCCAUGACGGUGCGGCAAGCGAAACUGCAGGCCCUGUUCGGGUCUUCUGGAACAACACGUUAGGCGGCCGCGCCCGCGCUCCGAUGGACGCGUCAUAUCGCUGAGCGCUCGAUGCUGCGCCGGGAUCGCAGAACACCACGCGGCGGGCUGCUUAGCUGCGAGAAACGUGCGCCAACGUCUGGAUGUGUGGAGUGGUGAAUUCAAUGCACGCCGUUUUGGGCUUAGCACGUCAGAUGUCGCCAUCCCCGUAUCACGAUUCUCGUUUCGCCGGCGGCGGGGCUUGAUCCCAUCUCGAAGGAGACUAGAACCCGACCUUCACCUCC